AUGAGUUACACAGCCCCAAAGGAGAAAGCAGCCCUAUUCCGAGAGGUCCUCCACCCAGAGCCCCCAGAGGCAGAUCUGUCAGAUAUUAGGCCACAAUAUAGAUAUCCCAAACCAUAUACGAUGCCACCAAUCACGUUAGACGAAGUCCGAACGGCAGUAACCAACGUGAAGCCCGACAAAGCACCAGGGCCAGAUGGAAUUCCCAAUCUGGUCCUACAAAGGCUGCUCCCUACUAUCGAGGCCUAUCUUUCGACAACAGUCAUCCUUUGCAAGCCUGGAAAGCCUGAUUACUCUGAUCCAAAGGCGUACCGCCCAAUAGCGUUACUGAGCACGAUUGGCAAAGCACUAGAAUCAGUGUUAGCCAGACGUCUCAGCUAUCUAGUGGAGCAAUAUAAUCUUUUACCAAAGCAACAUAUUGGAGGACGUCGCGGCCGCUCAUGCGAACUAGCAAUCCAUCUCUUACUAGAAGAGACCCAUAGUGCGUGGAGAGAGGGCUCACGAGUAGCCUCAGGGCUUACACUUGACACGGCAGGGGCUUUUAACAAUGUCAAUCAUAUAAGGCUGAUACACGACCUACGAAAGCGCCAGGUGCCAGAUGACCUGAUUGGCUGGAUUGAGAGCUUUCUAAGCAAUCGCCGCACGUCAAUCACACUCCUAGAGGGCAAUAUGGGGGAAUUUCUAGUUAAUACAGGCAUUCCGCAGGGCUCCCCAUUGUCACCAAUCCUAUUCCUAUUCUUUAAUGCAGAUCUUAUUGAGCAGAUACUCGCCGAGUGCCCGGACAUGAUUAUACUUGGAUAUAUUGACGACAUCUUCAUCAUGACAUAUGGGACCUCCGCCGCAGCCAACUGCCACACACUCACCAAAGUACACCAGGUUGCAGAGCGCUGGGAGAGAACACAUGCCUCUAAAUUUGCGCCUGCCAAAUAUCAACUUACCCACUUUUGGCGGAAGCACCAAAUGGUGCCUAAGCCGAGUGGUAGGCUGGAUGUACCUCUCAUAAUUAAGGGAGUAGAAAUUAAGCCUACGGACUCAAUCAAAUAUCUAGGAGUUUAUCUGGAUACCCACCUCACUGGGGAAGUGCACGUACAGGAGAUGAGAAAGAAGGCUGCAAAACUGGUGGCGGGAUUAAGCUCAAUCACAGGAUCGACAUGGGGAACGCCCCUGGUUCAUCUAAGGAAGAUAUACAUGGCUGUCCUCCAACCACAGAUCAUGUACGCGUGCUCCACAUGGUAUAUACGAGGUGGAAGAGGGUUCACCGGUGCGCAGCGAGCUGCAGAGCAAGCCAUCCGAUCGAUCCAGGAUCAGGCUCUUCACCAGAUAUCCGGCGCGUUCAAACGGGAACUGGAGGGAAUCAAUGCGGCAUUGGAAAUCCUACUCCGAAGCCAGCCAUGCGACGACAACCCACACGAAGCCACAAUCUACACAGAUAAUCAAGCCGCAAUACGCGCCACGUGCCAGCCAGGGCGGUCCUCUGGGCAGUAUAUCCUUCGACGGAUCGUACGACACCUGGGCCUCCUACGCGACAACCGAUCUCGAUGGCGUGUACGACUACAGUGGGUGCCAGGCCACGAAGGGGUCCCAGGCAACGAGAAAGCAGACCAGCUGGCAAAGUUGGCUGCAGUCGAGGCGACACGGCAUACACAGGAGAACGCCCGCAUAGCCAGGAUCAGCGCACCCAAUCAGACUACACCACACGCCGCACGAAUGUCGUAUAUUCCAAAUCAGUCAACUAUCCUUAUGGCAGUGUGUCGCCAGAGGCUACAUGCAGGCUUUGCAAAGAGGUGGAAGGAACAGUGGGAGCAUGCCAACCAUGGACGGCAUCUCUAUCAGAUAAUCAAAGCACCAACGAAGAUGGUGUUGCAGCUGCACGAGGGAUUACGACGGGCUUGGAGUUCAGUGUUAAUCCAACUACAAACAGAUAAAUUAGCGCUACGCAGCUUCCUAGCGAGUGUACAGAUUGAAGACUCACCUCAAUGCGAAUGUGGCCUUGGGGAUCAGGAUACGGCCCACGUCCUCAUACGGUGUCCUACCCAUAUAAACCUGCGUAUGGAGACUCUCUGGAAAGAAGCACGCGAAACAGAUUAUCGGAAGCUCCUUAGCGAACCUCAGUGGGUUCGGCAGAGUAUUGAAUUUAUAAUGCGGACUGGUCUAUUAACGCAGUUCCAUCACGUAACCCCCUUAACAACCACGCGCUCACAGUGA